GGUCUUCGCGCGCCGGACUAUCUGGUCGAUCCUCAACGUUCCCGACGGUUGUUGUUUACCACCUGCGUUCUUGCGUUAGAAUUCGCCUGCCGGUUGUUUUCCGCAUCGACGUAAAUUUACGGACCCCCCCCCCCCAGCCCCGCCCCUCGUUGCCACUGCCCCCCCCCCCGCCGCCGCCGCCCCCCUGUAACAAGUGUUUCGACGAGUUUGGUGUGAUAGUUUUUUUCUUACAUAUACACGCUUGUAUAAUUUGAGUGGUUGUUUUUUUUUUUUUUUUUAUAAAUUUUUGUGAUCAGUGCACGAUAACAAUGACGACGAUGACGAUCCUUCGGGGAAAAUCUACCUCCACGAGCAUCAUUCUCUGGACCUGCCUCGCAUAUCUGUGCGCUUCGAUUCAAGCCGACACGCAGAAUAUCAACGUCUCGAUCAAUCCCUCGGGAGAGACGACGGUACGCACUGGACAAAAUCUCACGAUACUGUGCAGCGUGGGCGUACCUUUGAAAACCUGUCGCGUUGAAGUUCCUCAGGAAAGGAGCGUGAUUCUCGAGCCCAAUCAGCCGUCCGAAGACGGAAUAGGAUGGUACGGCUCAUCGUUGGAUGCUGGACAAUGCGGGGUGUUCAUCGCUCAAAUAAAGGAAAAACACGACGGCAUAUUCAAGUGCUCCCUCACUCCGAAGAAUGCCAGAUACGAGAGCUACAACACCUUGAGAAUUAUCGUUGCCAAACCUCCGGUCAUGCCUGAACUGAUGGUCUUCCCUGGACGUCGUGGUGAACGGCAAAAUUACGAAAAGGGAGAAACGCUGAAGGUCAGCUGCCGUGUCAAGGCUGGUCGACCAGUUGCAAACGUGUCUAUAUUUUUCGGCGACGAACAAAUCGGUCUUGAGGAGAGGCCGAUAGUUUACAACUACAACAACGACUCGUACGUCAUUCAAAAUGCGACACGAGUCUUGUCUUGGACUGACAACGGGAAGGUGUUACGCUGCGACGCUACUCAUCUCGCUCUGGAUCGACCCCUUUCGGCAAAACAGCAGAUCUCAGUCUUAUACGCGCCGCAACCCCAGCCUACAAUCGAAAGGUUUGGAUUCGUGAUUGGUCAGCCUGGUACAGUUAACGUAACGGUUCAAGCGAAUCCCCGACCGCAAUUCAUGUGGCGUAUUGACGACGACAAGGUCGACGAGGGUCAAUUUGACGAGAGCAAUCGCAUCAGGUCGUCCAGAGCAGUCGAAUUAGGCAAAGGCUAUUGGGAAAUUACCCUGAAUAUCGACAGUGUUCAAAAGUCCGACACCGAGAAGAAGUACGUUUUGUUAGUCAACAAUGAGCUGGGAUCUACCGAGUACCAAAUCGUUUUGUCAACGUCAACGGAACCUGCUGAAGGUAUAUCUAACCGCACUACUUCACCACAUGCUCACGCAGGAGCGUUCAGUCACUUCUAUGGUAAGCUCGCCGAAUCAAUGCACGCACUAGGAGAUCUUGACGCCGGGUCUAUCAUCGGCAUCGUCGUUGGAGUUUUGAUCCUUCUUCUUAUUGUGUUCCUUAUCAUCUUUGCACGUGCUACGGGUCGUUGGUGUUUCGCAGCGAGGCGGAGGCGCGACGAGGAGGCGGCUGGCGGUGCCGGCGCCGGGAGCGAGGCGCACAUCACACCCGGCGACGAGGACCACGAAGAUCCCCACAUCAUAGACGAGAAGAUGCCCCACGGAGGACAGGAGAACCCGAUCCACGCGAGCACGGAGUACGUUAACGGGAACACGGACAUCAAGGACAUGAAGGACAUCAAGAAGGACGAGAAGACGGACACGCCGGUCUAACGCGGGCGGCGGCCCUUUUUGUCUCAUCGCUCGCAUCCGGCGGACGGAAGGGUGUCGAAUGCCUGUCAUUUGCCAUUUUAUCGAAAGAUUUCCUCGCCCUCUCGCUUCCUUCAUUUUACCGAUAUCGUUGUCACGGGCGUUGUGCCGCAGCAUCGUUUUAUUUUAUCACUCAUUUUCUCACGAUUUGUUCUUUUGUUAUAUUUUAAUUUUUAAUUUUUUCUCCUCUACUUCACUUAGCGGUUACCGUUUCGUCAUGUCAAUGUUAUAUCGCACGAACGCCACUCGACCCUUUUUGUCCCCGGUUGCGAGAUAUCGUUUUUGUAUUCAUUUUUUCACCGGCUGCAGCCUGGACGAGGAUAGUACGGGACUGAUAAUCUCGGGCACACAGAUUAUUUGUAUACAAUUAUGCAUGGUGUUCGACACUCUACCCCGGGGGAUAAAAUCGCGCGUGCUUUCUCGCGCUGCGGAAGUUGAGCGAUUGCUUUUUUGGUUUUCUUGGGAUGAUUAUCAUGCGAAGGAAACUACAUUGAAAGUAUAUUGUAUGACUUCGUGAUGUCAUAGUCACGAUACAUUUUCUCCUGUGUUCAAUUUACUGGAGGUUUUAACGGGAAUCUCUUAUUAUACGAUGUACUAAGGAACAAUAAGUAUUUUUUUGUUCGAUACCGAAUUAGUUUUGAAUCUCAAAUCAAGACGGGGUGAUGUAAGAUUAAUCCAACCAUAUACUCUAAUCGCCGUUAGAUGACGCAAUGAGUGUUCUGUUCUUUUAUUUUUUAUUUUUUUUUUUAUUUUUUAUUUGCUUGUUUUCUUUGCCGUAAAAAGUGAUACUAUUAUUACAGUAACACGUUCUGCUGAUAUUCUGACAGUCGUGAAAUUUGAACGCGAGGGUUUUCAACGCGCCAGGAAGGGUAAAGCACUGUCAAAGUUGAAUCGUAAAAUGUGCGAGAAUAGCGCAAGCUUGUAUUACGAUCCGUAAGCCGAGCAUCCGCCCCUCAAUCGUACGUAUUAUACAACGUGGGAUAAGUCGAGUCUGGAUAGAUUAGAAAAGAAAAAAAAAAAAAAAAUUACAUCACUGAACGUCGGACUAUAGACUAUAGUCCAAGGUCUAAAACAAUGAACCUCUUGAUUUUAAUUUCUCCUUCAAAGAGGUGCAGAAUUUCUAUACCAAUUAAUAAUAAUUAUGAUAGAAUUAUGUACAUCGAUAUUCAUAAUCUCGAAGAAGACGAAUUAACUAGAGGUUAACAUUGAUUUUGAUAUUAAUAAUUAGAGGAGAUUAAAAAGAAACAACAGAAACCACGUAAAUUAAUAAUGUUAAAACGCAUACCUACUCUUAAGAAUCCCGUCACGCCCUGUUGUUCGAGUAUUAUGCGCGCCUAUACGUACGCGUUACAUUAUGCGUGAUAAUAACAAAAGCGUCAUUGUUUAAUUGUAAAAUUCGUAACUAUAUAUAUUAUAUACAUAUAUAAUAUAAUAAACAUCAAAUUUAUCCAUUGUCGCAAACACUUUUGACGUAAAUUUCAGAACUGUUUCAACUCCACAAAAGAUUGAAAUUAUGAAAUAGUUAAUUACCAUUAUUGUUUUUCUUUUUCUCCUCUUCAUUACACAUCGCAGUACUGAAUAUACAUACAUGAAUACAUUGAUACACACAUGCAUACUGAUGUAAUAACGUUAAUAUUAAGAGAUAACUAAUUAAACGAAUGAACAUAAGUUACGAAAACCUAAAUCUACACAAUCGUAAUCUGAAUCGUUAUAAUAUUUGAUAAUAAUUACACACACAUUCCAUAAGAUCUAGCUUCGUGCGAAAUUCUGCAACUUUGAAUACAUCGUUGAACAAUUAUUACAUUCAACAAUUAUAUACAUGCACUCGCUUGUUCCGCAUUUAAGGCGAUUAUUCGGCAAUUAUUCCCUGUUAAAAAAGCCAGAUCGAAUUAAUAAAUUCAUAUUAGAAUCGUCAAAGAUAAUCAAAUAUCCGGGUUCAGACCCUAUGGUAAAUCCGGUUUUUGAAUUCGCAUCUAAUACAAAUUUAUCAGUCUCUAUAUGGCUUUUUAUUCAGGAUUGUUUCAUAUUACAUUUCACAUGAUCCAAAAUCGAGGUUGUAAUCGUCAAUGCUGCACUUUAACAAUCAUUGAAAUCGAUACGUACAUCUUCGUUACUAACAUUUAUUUUCACAAAAUGGCUGCAAACGCAAAAGCUGUCACAAAAUUUUACGCGCAUAAAUCGUUGACCCGACCGUUGUGUCAAUCAGUUUUGCAGUUUUUCAUUUACCCAUUGGUUACAACUUAUUAUAAUCACUCUCGCUGAGGCUUGACACUAAUUUGCGCAAGGUCUGUUCAAUGUGAAAUUAUUUUUACUAAUAAUAAUACCAUAAUAGUAAUGAUAAGCAACGUUUUCUUUGAUACUUCAAUUUAUUGUGUAAUGAUAUUAGGAUAUAUAUUAUAUAUAAUAUAUAUAAUAUAUAUAUAUAUUAUUGUAUUUUAAUCGUGUAUCUUCAAAUCACAUAAUUAUUCUACUCUCGCAAUACGCCGUUUUAAGAACAUUGAAAAGAAAAGAAAAACCAUCGCUAAUUUCCAUCCAGUUGUCUUUUUUUGGAUAAGUAUUAUCAAUAUGAGACAAUCGAACGCACCACAGGUGAAUGUAAGCGAUUUUAAUUAAAUUUCUAACUGGAAUAAACAAGAGCAGAAAAAAAAGAAAACAAUCAUUUUGUUUCAAAUUGCAUUUCUUCGACAAUAAAAUAAUUGUUUCCACUUUUGUACUGAUGAUUUUUUACUUUCGAAUGAGCCAUUUAAAAUAACCAUGAAAAUCCUAUUGAUCGGAACAUUAAAUGUCGUUAACAAUGUAGCUCGUUUAUUUUUACGAGUGCAAUUUUACGGCCUGUUUGUUUGAAAAGAAAGUUUCACAAUUUCGCGCACACAUAUAAUAAACGUAAACUCAUACAUACGUAUAUACACACACCGAAUUUUUAACACACGACACAUUUUCACUUAACAGAGAAAGGGCAAUGGGGUAACAAAUUUGUCAGGGUUCGUCCGAUGAAGACGAAAGCAGAACCAGACAAACAGUGAAAAAAAAUGUAAAUUUGUUACUCGGUUGGCCCGACUUGCUGCGUGUUGUAUAUAUAAAAAUAAAUAAGUAAAACAAAUGAAUGAAUAAAUAUAUAUUAAUAUUAUAAAUAUUACGAUAUAAAAACUAAUAGUAAUGAUAUAUUCUGAGCCAAGGCAGUUGAUUUACAUUCAGUGAAUAUAAAAAGUAUUUACUAAAAAGUAAAUCAUGUGCUGGAAGCCUGUCGUUAUUCGUAUUUGAAAUGAAAUAAUAAGGAAAAAAAUAAGGUUUACUUAAUGGUUAUCGUAUCAUCAUAAAAUAAAAAAUAUAAUGAAAAAAAAAAUUAAAAGCAAAAAAAAAAAAAGAAAAAAAACAUACAUUCGAAACGAAAUAAAUGUGUGAGUGUAUGU